AUGGGGUUCCGGAGGCGGACUAUAAUAUUAUUACUUAUUUUUUUGGAAUUUUUCGGACCAAAACUUUCUGUUUCUGCACAAGGAUGUUCAGUAGGGGAAGGAGGACCUAUAAGCAUAUUAAUCAAUGAUAUACAUGAAGGCAUUAUUUUUGAUCUGCAAACUACAGGCGUUACCGGCAUAGAGCAGCACGCUUAUGGUCUAAAUAUUAUAAGUCCUCCUUAUGUAGACAUGGCCUUAGACAACUCUAGAUUUGUGAUGAGGACUAAUGAAAGGUUCUCACUAUAUGAGGAGAAUGAGAUUGAGAGAUCAAUAGUCAUCAUUGUGAGAUUCAGAUGCAGUAGCAAUAAUCAUCUUGAUGUGACCACCACGAUACAUUUGCAUGAUACGAACAAUCACGCUCCGAGGUUUAUACCGACGGACCACUAUCAUUACGUCCUCGAUGCACCAGUACCACCAGGGUAUCAAGUAACUGGCUGCUUGUCCGAGCUAAUUGCUCGAGACGUCGACCUCACAACUGAAAGAAUUAUAUUCGAUAUUCAACAAAAUCCGUUUUUCGGAAUUACUUACAGUGCUGAACUAUCAGAUAAUCGAAGUAAGGAAUUUAUAGCGAUAGUAACUACUAAAACAUUCAUUAGAAAUUUGCCGGAAGAAAUGACAUUAACCAUAACUGCUACGGAUGUCCAUGGUACAGAAGGCGAAGGGUCACAUACAACAAGUGGUAAAAUUACUAUUAAAGGUAAUACAAAUUUCGUGCUGCCCAACGAACCAGUGUUUUCUAAAACUAUAUACAAUGGCAUUUACACAGCCGCUGGCCAAGUAGAGCUAGAAGAAUUUAUAUCUCUACAAAAUGGUUAUGACGACCUCGUGCGUUUUUCUGUUGAAGAAACUUACAAGAUCAAUUUUAGGCUUGUCAAACUACCAGACCAGGUAAAUCAGAUUAUGAUAGAAGUACUGGUUCCACUAGAAGAAGAUAUUCUCCUACAAGGAAGCAUCGCUAUAGAAAUAAUAGCGGAAAGAGAAUUUACUAGCGGAGCUUCAGCUACAGUCAUCUUGCAGUUACCUCAAGUGGAUCCUGUGCAAUUCGAAAGCGCCCACUAUGACGGUACAAUUGAAAACAACAACCUUCUCCUCUCGCCGUUGAAGCUCAGCCAGGGUUACAAAGAUUCCGUUGUGACAGCCAGCUUCGUAGAGACCGGUAAAUUUACGAUGUAUUUCACUAAUUAUGUCAAUUAA